UUCUACGGUACACAUACUGUUUGUUUGCAACAGCUGGUUACUGUAAUAUUGGCAUUUCGGUGUAUUGCAGAUGACAGAUCUGCCACGCAGACUUCCUUUUUGUCUCUGGUUUGAAUCAUUUGUUUGAGGUUGCUCUACAACAAGAGAAGAAGCUACAUCUAAGUGGUCAGAUGUAAUUAAGAACAGCAAACAGAUUGCAACAGAACCCAUAAGAACACACCUGCUGAACACAGUCAAGAGAGCACUGAACAAAGAUGGACUCAUCAGGAGAUACACUUUUGGAAGAAAGGACCCCAACAAAAGGAACAGGACAAUCAUGAUGGUGGGAGAAACAGGAACAGGGAAGUCUGCGCUCAUCAAUAUGAUAGUCAACUACAUGCUGGGGGUAAAGUGGGAAGAUAAGAUCAGGUUUGAAAUCAUUCCAGAUGAAGGCAAAAGACCAAAAACCAGUCUGAUUACUACAUAUGAGAUUUUUGGACUGGAGGAGCUGUCUGUUCCUUUUUCCCUCACAGUCAUUGAUACACCAGGAUUUGGAGACACAGGUGGGCUUGAAAAAGAGAAGGGAAUUGCUGAGAAUCUGUACAAGUUAUUGAAUUAUUUAAGCAGCAUUCAACAAUUAGAUGCAGUUUGCCUUGUGGUAAAGGCAUCUCAGAAUCGCCUUACUUACAGCCAGAAAUACUUCUUCGAUGCCAUCCCGUCCAUCUUUGGGAAGAACACGGAGAAAAACAUCUUGACUCUCAUCACUUUCUCUGACUGGAUGCCACCUUUAGCUCUUGAGGCACUUCUUGAGUCUGAUGUACCUUUCCUCAAAGAUGAAAACAAUGAACCUGUUCACUUCCUCUUCAACAGCCAUCCUCUUCAGAAGUUUGCUAAGAAAUACGAAGAAACAUAUAAAACAUCUUGGGAUAAUGGAACAGAGAGCUUUGGAGAGUUUUUUGAAACUUUGGAUAAAAUGGAACCGCAAAGCUUGGGGGAGAUUAAAAAUGUCUUGAAGCAACAUCACUGCUUGGAAGAUUUUUUCUCGAAAUUGGAGAGUCAGAUCAGGGAUGUGGGGGAGAAGCACAAGGGACUUGAGGACGUUCAAAAAACUCUGAAAGAGUACAGACAGGACUCGGAGAAAAAUAACUUUGAGUAUAAAUACAAUGAAGUUGUCAAAAAGAAGGUCAAAACUACAUCUAAGUGGUCAGAUGUAAUUGAGAACAGCAAACAGAUUGCAACAGAACCCAAACAAACAUACCUGCUGAACACAGCCAAGAUAGCAUUGAAUAAAGAUGGACUCAUCAGGAGAUACACUUUUGGAAGAAAGGACCCCAACAAAAGGAACAGGACAAUCCUGAUGGUGGGAGAAACAGGAACAGGGAAGUCUGUGCUCAUCAAUAUGAUGGUCAACUACAUGCUGGGUGUAAAGUGGGAAGAUAAGAUCAGGUUUGAAAUCAUUUCAGAUGAAGGCAAAAGACCAAACACUAAAUCUCAAACCAGUGCGAUUACUGCAUAUGAGAUUUUUGGACUGGAGGAGCUGUCUGUUCCUUUUUCACUCACAGUCAUUGAUACACCAGGAUAUGGAAACACUACAGUGAAGGAUGAUAUAAUUGCUGAAAAUCUGUACAGAUUACUGGAAUAUUUCGACAUUGUUCAACAACUAGAUGCAGUUUGCCUUAUGGUGAAGGCAUCUGCAAAUCGCCUCACUCCUUUCCAGAAGGAAAUCUUUGAUUCCAUCCUGUCCCUCUUUGGAAAGAACAUGGAGAAAAACAUAAUGACUCUCAUCACCUUCUCUGACUGGAAAUCACCUUCAAAUACUCUUGAGGCAGUUAUCGAAUCUGGCGUACCUUUCCCCAAAGAUGAAAUUGAUGAGCCUGUUCACUUCCUGUUCAACAACUGUCCUCUUAAUUAUUAUCAGAAUAAAUAUGAAAAAUCAUUCAAACAACACUGGGAUAACGGAACUGAGAGCAUGAGGAAGUUCUUUCAGACUUUGGAUCGAAUGGAAAGUCGAAGCCUGAGGAUGACUGAAGAAGUCUUGAGAGAACGCCGGAGACUGGAAGCUUGUAUCCAGACCUUCGAGAGUCAGAUCAAGGUUGUGGAGAUGAAGCGCAAGGCACUUGAGGAAGUUAAGAAAACUCUGGAAAAGCAGAAAGAGGACAUGAGGAGGAAUAACAACUUUCAGUAUAAAUCCCAAACUGUUGUCAUGGAGAAGAUCCCAGUUGGUAAAGCUGCAACUUCCUGUUCAAAGUGUGAAGUAACCUGCCACACUCCAUGUAUGCAGACAAAUAGCCUAUGGUGGUGUCAUGUAAUGGACUGGAGUGGGAACUGUACGGCCUGUCCCGGAAAAUGCAGCUACAAUGACCAUGAAAGAGAAUGCAAAAUAUAUGCACGAAAACAUGAAGAAAAAACUGUAACUCAUGAGGGCCUGAAAAAAACUUGUGAAAGGAUGAUAGCCACACAAGAGAAAGUGAUGUCCACACGUGAGCAAGAGUUGAGGGAUGCAGAAGCUGAGAAAACCAGCCUCAUUGAAAGGUGUUUCCAGAGCAUUCUCCAGCUUAGAGAGCUUGCUCUGAAGUUCGAUUCUGAUUCUACUCGUCAGAGUAUUCUCAGGCAGAUUGAAAUGCUGAAGAAGAACAACGAGGCAGAGAAGGCAGAAAUGCUGCAGAAGAUUCUGGAGAACACUGCAUGAAGAGAUGAAGAAAUGUUUAGUUGCACAUUCUUCUGAUGUUGCAUGAUCAAAAUGAUUUGUUUUAGAAAACCUUAACAGUUUAUUUACAGAGGAAUCCCCCUGUUUACCCUUCUGUGGGACAGACACAGUCAACAGCUACCAACAGCUAAAGGUGUAUUCAGUCAGGAUUGCAACUUUAUUUAUCUCUAACUCUAGUGGUGGAACCUGUCAUCUCCAUAGAAACUAAUGAAGAGAUACUUCCAGGCUCAACAGAACAACAGACGAGGUGUUCUGAGAAGUAAUCUCAGUUUAAGCCAGAAAGCAAGUCUUCGAGAAAGGGUAAAAUAUGACAACAUGCUUGACUGGUAAAAUGCUCGACUGGUUUUAUUGUUUUAUAUUGGAUUUGUCUUGAGGUGGAUUUUUAUUUACUAACCGGUAUGUUUUAUCAUUUAAUUAAAUAUCCAUGAAUAGAAGUUUGUAUUUUGUGUCUGGUGUAGCUUUGGAUUUGUGAAAUAGGGGAGAGUGCAGAAAUAACUAAUGGUUUUUGUAUUUGGCUCAGUUCUGAAAACAUCACUAGAGAUAGAUUUAUCAUUUUUUAAAACAAACAACCUACAUCCCUUGGCUAUGAUUACACACCACAAUGAAAUUUCUGGGACAUACCAUUCACUAGCAACCUGACCGAAAGUACUGAGAGUGGAAUGUUACAUUGAUUACAUUUAUAUGUUUUUCAUGGCCUACCUAGAUCCGUGAAAAUCUAUCACAAGACUGUACUUUAUUCUCUGGUUCCCGUCUAAUGUCUGUUCAAUUCAAACGGCUGUAUCUGUCGAUGUCACGUCACCACAUAGCCUAAAGUUGAAGUUGUGUUAAAUAUAUUUACAAAGAUCCAGUCUGAGUUGAACAAAUCCAAUCAAUUUGUUCAUUAAAAACCCUGUUUGCUUAAACCCUGAAGGGGGGGGGUGUCUGCACCUUUGCCUGCCUAGCAAUGCCAGCAAGCUAGCACGCUACAUCAAAUCUAAAGAAAUCUAUUUGUCACUAAAAGACUGUUUAUGAUGACAUACAUUUGGAUUCCAUACGCACAUAAUAUAGUAGCCAAAAAACACUUCCGGUAAAAAAAAUUCACUUGUAUACAGCCAAAACAAGACUUUUGGCAAUAACUCCUGAAAUAGUUAUUAAACUCUCCUGCCAUUCGUUGGAGACAGAGAGAUGGUAAUUCUGCAUAUUUAACCUGAAAUAUGUUGUUCAAGCUCGAUGCAUCUACCUAAAAAGUCUGUUACAUUUUAUCCUGUCUUAGAUUUUGUCCCACUCUCCCCUACAUGUAAUGUCAAGCAUGAAUCUUGCACAAGUUGUUCUUGGGAGGAAUGACUGCUGAGGUAGUACUUUACUGUUUCAAAAUCUUGAGUACUGUCAGCUUUCAUUGUAGGUAGAUAAACUGUUUUUAUUUUGUUUGAAAUGCUGCGCUCCUCCAUUUACUGCUUUUAAGGCCAGUUCAGAUGAAAACUGAGGGCAGACGAGACUAGAUGAAUUUUGUCUGCAGUUAAAUGACAUUACUGUUUCCAUUACAUUAAAUUUCUCAUCAUUAACUUGGGACUGAGAGUCUGACAUACUGAAUUCAUGGAAACCUCAGUGGCUGAGCACAUAUUCUAAAAAACUUGGUAGUAUAAGACCAAUAGCAUCUAUUCUGCAAACAUUCUAAAACAGUCUCGGAUGAUUUUUUGAUCUGAACUGGUUUCUGUAAUGGUUUUUUUGCCUUCUAAUGUACUAUGAGGUGCUUAGUAGAUUAGUGUUUCCCCAGGGCCUAUAAUCCUGAUGGGUAGAUUUUUAAAAAAACCUUUUGACUUUAACUGCUCUGGUGGGAGAAGGAAAAUAUAUAUCCUCUUACUUAAAUUUUUUCCUGCUAUUUACUGUUGAAUUUGUUUUCUGUGGACUGUCUAAUUACAGGUUAUAUGUACAUGUAUAUAUAUGAAGUUGUAUGUAUUACAUAACUUGUUUAACCUGUGCAUACCUUUCUAUUUAUCUGCACCACAAAUAACAACAAGACCAAUGGACCAUGCUUGCAUUCAUGGGAUUACAUCUGCAAUUGAAAGAUGUAAUGUUCUUCUCAUUCUGACUGAUGUUCCAGUUAGUUCAGGGCUCCUACAAGAAGUAUUGAACUUCACCAUCUACUGUAACUGCCAAAUGCACUAUGGUGAAAUGUCUUGCAUUUUGUGAAACCCAUACGUUUGUGAAGAUCUAUGCACGAAAUAAAAGGUUCAGACUGGA